AUGCCCAAGGCAGAGCGCCUUCCGACAUCGUCUGCCGACUUCAACCUCCCCGCGAAUCCACCCAUCACCUCCCUUGGUGCUAGUUUCAUUGACGACUCGAGUAUCAUAGCACACCGUUUCCGCCGCCCUAGUCUGCUCGCUCCAAAAGCAGGCAUUCAUGGAGACAGCCGUCUCCAUAGCCCCUUGGCUGCCUCAUUCAAACCCUUGUCUCACCGAAGACGUGCCAGCCAGAGCACCUCCAGUCUCGACGAAUACGACACCUUCUGGUCCGACAUUUCGCCACCCAGCAGUUCAGAGAACCCUACUCCUCCCCUCACUGGUACCGACAAUGCAGAUGAACCCAGACGGUCUGCUCCUCCGUCGACCCCGCCACGAAGGUCACUCUCACGAGGUUCGGACCGGUCCAAGGGCAGGCGCAUGUCAUAUCCACUUAAGACACCUCGUAUUCUAAAUCUUCUUGCCGAGUCUCGAACAGUUGAAAACGAGGUGCAAUCAGAAGCAGCUUUCCAGCGCUUACUCGCCUCCGGUGUUGAUAUUCCACGCACGCCACGCACUGUCGCAGAUCGAGGCAGAUUUCCAGAAGAGGCUGUUCAAGACGACUUGUUCCAGCGUGAAGACACUCCCAGCGACGACGACGACGACGAUGCGGACUUUGCCAUUCCUCAUGGCACCGACCCCAUCAACAUCAAAACGCCUGCAGGCAGCGUUGCUGGGAGUGUAAAUGGGGAUGAAAUGUUUGUGGCCGAAAGCCCCAGUCUCUCGGCUAUGGACGUGGAUGUUCCCUCAGGUUCUCCGUCUCUUUCGUCUAUUUCCUCCAUGUCCAUCAGCGGUUGGCGCUCAACACCUCCCCCAACAACAAGCGCUGUUCGAUCCAACAAACGGAAAUUUGAUGAACGUUUCGACCCAUAUCAGAAUGCUUCUAAACGGAGAGCGGUAUCGCCGUCCCUAUCACAUCUCCUUCCGUCGUCUCCCAAAAGCCGUUCCAAUCCUCGCCUCCCCAUCGCAAUACCUAUCAUUUCCGGCUCAGCCGUAAGCUCUGCCGCAUCGUCUCCCACUAUUGGCGUUGGCACAGCUGCGUAUUUCGCCAUGGCCCGACCCGUUUCAAGCCCAAUUUUGAGAUCUAUGGGUCUCGCCAGCCCUAUUUUACGUCCUAUUCCCCGCCGAAGAGGUGAAGAAGAAGAGCGGGAAAUCGAGGGUGUUGGCGGUCUCACCCUUGGAUAA